GCAGCGCGUCACGUGUGGCCAGCUGAAAAGAAUGCUCGGCAAAUUUGCGUAUGAACUUUUAUUAUGGUACACUGUGCUACUAUCGCGUACCCGUAAGGUUUUUGUCAGCUGUUCCAGUGCAUGUACGCAAGGAGCGACUUCCAUAGUCCGCGGUCACGUAGUAAUAUAGGAAGUACAGUUUGUGAUAAUACUGGGAAUUUGGACGAUCCAAGCCUUCGUGCUCCGAGCGAGGGACCUCCGAGUCGGUGAAAUCCCGUGGAUGCAGCUGGGGGGUGGGGAAGAUUUGGGGAGGUGAUCCAGUACCCCCAGCCCGCUCUAGGAGAGUUCUUGAGGGACCGGCCGGUCGUGGACUUGAGGCGUGGGGAUCAGAAAAAAAGCAGCGUGAGCCAGCGUGAUCAGCGUGGGAUAAGUGGCGACAUCCAAACGGCAUGGCUUCAAGUGCAGAUGGAACGGAGGGCGAUUCGCCAGCGGGCGCAGCGGCAAGGGCCCCGGGCGCCAGGGCGUCGCCGACGGCCGAUGAGGGCAAGCUGUGCUGCGGUCGGUGCAAGUGGUUCGAUGUCUCCAAGGGCUAUGGCUUCAUCACGCCCGACGACAAGAGCGGAGAUGUGUUCGUGUACCAGUCGAGUAUAGACAUGGCCGGUUUCCGGAGCCUGGAUGUCAACGAAGAGGUGGAAUUUGUCUUUAAGAUCUCAGACAAAGGCAGAGAGGCGGAGUCGGUGACUGGCCCCGGGGGCGUGUGUUGUAAAGGAAGCAAGCGGAAAGGCAGAGGCAAUCGCAGAAAAGACGACAGAUGUUACAAUUGUAACGAGCACGGCCACCACGCCAAGAACUGCCCCGAGCCCCCCUUACCCAAACGCUGCCACCACUGUAAGUCCGAGGACCACCUGGUGGCGGACUGCCCCGACAAACCGGCUCAAAGCUCUCAGGGAAAUGGUGCCAAAUCCACCGAUAGCGGCCAGAGCGGCAGCGGCGACGCCGGCGGCGACGACGACGGCGACGCCGGCGGCAACGGCGACAGCACGGGUCAACCACAUACCUCAACAACAUCAGCGACAGCGACAACCUCAGAUAGCGGUGGUGGUGGUGGCGGUACAAGCUAGUAGAACAGCGCCCUCUUUUGGUAGGAUUGAGCGAUAAGUUUUUUUUAUGAAGAAAAAAACAAACAAACUCAGGUUGACUUUCAAAACGGUGCAUUUUUUCUUGUUGUGUUUUGUUUUAAAA